CUUAAGAGACAGUAAAUAAAUCCUCAUAAAAGGAAAAAAAAAAAAAAUUAAAAAAAUAUAUAUAUCCACAUUUCCAUAUUACAUCACAAUUAAUUAAUUAAUUAAUUUUAAUUAAUUAAGAAAGGUAUCGUCGAAAGCAAUAUGGUCUCGAAGAGGGGUUUAGCCGCCGCCAUGAACUGCAGGAUCUACGGCGGCGGCGGCGGCGGCGGCGGGGAGACGGUGGUUCUAGCCCACGGUUACGGUACGGACCAGUCGGUGUGGGACAAGGUGGGGCCGCGGCUGGCGGCGCGUAGCCGCGUGGUGGUGUUCGACUGGUGCUUCGCCGGCAGCGUGGGUCUCUACGAUGCCCAACGGUACGGUUCGUACGAUGCGUUUGCCGACGACCUGAUCGCCGUCAUGGACGAGCUGAAGGUCCCGCCGGCGGUGUUCGUCGGCCACUCCAUGGCCGGAAUGAUCGGAUGCAUAGCUUCUGUCAAACGCCCUGACCUUUUCCGGCGACUCGUGCUCGUCGGACCCUCGCCCAGGCUAGCGAACACGGAAGACUACGAAGGUGGUUUCGACAUGUCGGGCAUUGAAAAAAUAUUUUCGAGCAUAGAAUCCGACUUCGAUCAAUGGAGUUCGACCUUCGCCUCCCUUGUGAUCGAUUCGAGUGAUCAAAUCUCAAUUCAGCUAUUGGCAAACCUUCUUAAGAGAAUGGGAAGGCGCGCGGCGCUUCCCUUGGCGAAGACCGUGUUCUUGGGGGACUAUCGUGGCGUUCUUGAAAAUGUCACGACCGCUUGUCAUAUAAUUCACACAAGAGGCGACAUAAUUGUACCCGACUCGGUUCCAAGCUACAUGAAGAGCAAAAUCAAAGGGGAUUGUGAGGUUUUAGUUAUCGACACUCAAGGGCAUUUUCCUCAGCUGACAAACCAUGAACAGUUCAUUGAGAUCAUCGAUAGAAUUUUGGAUGGUUAUUAGUAUUUUUUCUUCGUCUUAUUAGUUUGGAAAUGGUUAUCAGUGCUCUUUUCUUCGUCUUAUUAGUUCGUAAGAAGUUGCUCGCAUGGUUGUUUGCUUCUCAUUUGUGAGUUUCUUUUUUUUUUUUGGAUGUAAAAUUUAGCGUAUGAAUACGAUAAUGUUGAUGGGUUGUUUCUACA